GUAGCCCACAGCCCAAAAGCUCCGACUCCCAAACCCUCCGCCGCCCCCGCCGCCGCCGCGGGUGAUGGGCAUCUCCGAGUCCGACGAGCUCCGGUCAUUCGAGGACAGCGGAAUCUACCGCCUCGCCGGCUCCGGCGCUGCUUUCCUCGACCCUGUCCGCAUCCUCAACGAGUCCUACCGGCGCUUCCGCCUCGUCCCUUCAGCGUACUACUCCCGAUGCUUCGGCCCGUCGCAUCAGGGAGGCGAAGCGGAAACUGAGCGAACGGAGGAGACAUCUCCGAAACGGAAGAAGCGCAAGCGCAAGCGGGAGCGGGAGCCGAAGCCCAGGGAACUCAACGAGGUGGAGCGGAUCGCAGAAGCUCGGCACCAGGAAGCAAGGCCUUUGCUAUUGAGCGCACACAGAUCACUUCUUAAGGCUGAAUAUCUAUUGGAGUUCCUUCCAAGGAUGACAAAGGAAGAUGUGCGUGUGCUUGAUGUGGAAUGUAAUUUGAAGAAUUUUGUUGAACUUGGGAGCUCGUGGCGAGCGCCUUUCUGUGAGAUGACUCUUUGCUUUCAUAAGUCCUCUGAUGAGGAUAGUGAGGAAGGUAUCUGCCACAGGACAUCCACUCCACUGUUUAAUAGUAUAAUCAGUGUCGAAGAAAAUGAUGAUGCAGAAGGAGAAUUCCAGGAUAGAUGUUACAUUUUACCAAGACAAAGUUGUUUCCUGAUGUCCGACCUCAAACAUGUCGGUGGCCUAAUUCAUGAUAAUUAUGAUCAAGGUUACAAUCUUAUAGUUGUUGACCCACCUUGGGAGAAUGGAUGUGUUCGUCAGAAAGUAGUGUACCCUACACUUCCCAACAGACAUUUCUUGUACCUUCCAGUGCAAGAACUUGCCCAUUCAGCUGGAGCUCUUGUAGUUUUGUGGAUUACAAAUCGAGAGAAGCUGUGGAAGUUUGUCGAGGAGGAACUAUUUCCUUCUUGGGGAGUGAAAGAGCACACCGUGUUCUAUUGGCUGAAGGUGAAACAGGAUGGAUCACUGAUUGGUGAUCUAGACUUGCUCCAUCAUAGGCCUUAUGAGUGCCUCCUUGUUGGCUACAUAAAUCUUAACAAAGAAGAUGCACGAGGUUCAAAAUUCAAAUUUUUGGAAGAAAGAAGAGUAAUUAUGAGUGUACCGGGUGCUCACUCAAGGAAACCUCCCCUCCAGAAAUUACUUUCACAGUAUAUACCAGGUCCUAAACCUGCAAGGUGCAUUGAGCUUUUUGCCAGAGAGUUGGUUUCUGGAUGGACCUCUUGGGGAAAUGAGCCACUCCGUUUUCAGGAUGCAGUAUACUUCUCUGAAAGGAAAGAACAUAGUGUGCACAGCUGGUCUCUCUUCUUGGUGUUCAGCCUUGUCAUUCGCCCUGCCGAAGUGCAUGUGUGGCAAUCGCUUGUGCGUAACGGCACGAGGCGUUGGAGCCAAGGCACCGAAUAAAUCCCUAAUCCCGCCCCCUCGUCGUGCCGAGGCCGUUGCACCCGCCGCCGACCGCGACGUCCAGCCCGACGCGGCCGACGCCAUCGCCAGCACCAAAAUGACGCCUCUGCUCCUGCCAGAGCCUUCGGGACGUCAGAGCUCUCAUUCUUGCGGCUAGGGGCAUUCCGUCCUUCCACAACCGUUUCAAAAGCCUUAUUACUGGCCGCUCUCGAGUAGACGAUCGCUGCGGUUGCAAAGCUCAAGCGCUUGCCUUCGAGAAUGCCAGGCCUAAGGCCCGACUCCCCGGCGAGCCCAUCGCCGGAGGUCCGCCGUGCCCGGACGUCCUUCUCCGGCGCUUCUUCCAAGGUAGCCACGACCUCCAUGGGUAAGGUGGUACGAACCAAAGCGCCGGCCGAGCCGAAGGCGAGGCUUAAAGAGGUAGAGAAGCAGGGCAGGUGUGAUCGGACCGUCUCGUCAUUGAGGCGUUUGAGUCCACCGCCGUCUCUUGCCAGCCCGGAGCUGGGGCAGACGAGGUGUUCGUGGAUCACUGCCAACUCCGAACCCCGCUACGUUGCUUUCCAUGAUGAAGAAUGGGGGGUUCCAGUUUAUGAUGACCAGAAACUGUUCGAGCUGCUGACCUUAUCACAAGCCUUAGCUGAACUCACCUGGCCUACUAUUUUGAACAAGAGGGAGGAAUUCAGGGAGAUGUUUGAUGGUUUCAACUAUGCAUCUGUGUCUGAAUUCACGGACAAGAAGAUAAACUUGCUGUCGAAAUCAAAUGGAAACAUGCUGCUUUCAGAGCAAAAGAUACGUGCUGUCGUAACAAAUGCCAAGCAUAUGCAUAAGGUGAUCCAGGAUUUCGGAACGUUCAGCAACUACUGUUGGAGCUUUGUGAACCACAGGCCCGUUAAAAGCAGCUUCCACUAUGCUCGCCAAGUACCUAUCAAGACGCCCAAAUCUGAGGCCGUAAGCAAGGCUAUGAUGCGACGAGGGUUCCAGUGCGUUGGCCCUACGACAAUCUACUCCUUCAUGCAGGUUGCUGGUAUCGUUAACGACCAUCUAUCCUGCUGCUUCAGGUCUCAGGAUUGCAGGGAUAGCAAAAGGAAAGUGGAAGCCGGGCCAGUACUGAUCGAAAGAAUUAGGCUGAGCUCACCGCCUUCCUCAGAGGACUCUGAAACCAGCAGGGAGGUGUGACUCGCUCUCUUUACUGAACUUAUUAACCUGAAUUGUACCGUAAUUCAGGAAGCAUGUGAUUCUUUGCCCUCCAUGUGUGAUCAUUUUGUGUUGCGUAUUAUAGUCAUGACAGUUUGAACCAUGCAUUUUGUGGUGUCACUCCAUGAUGAAUGUAUAGUAUUGUAUAGGUUGUACAGAUCAUCUGACGAAACAGUGCGUUUCAGUUUGUUUCUGGACUUGUAUCAUAUUCAUACGGUCAUACCUGUAUAUUGUACAAAACUAGCAUUGUUUGGUUUUGAGCAUUUGUUGUACCACUGAGUGGCUUUUAUAUGUAUCAUACUUGUGUGGUUUUCAGUUGUACCACUGAGUGGCUUUUAUAUGUAUCAUACUUGUGUGGUUUUCAAGAGUGUACAGUGUUGCGUCUUUGUU